UUAUCCGGCACAGCUGUGUUUUUACACGGAUUGUUUUUGGUAACGGUCAAAAAUAAUGAGUAUUUAUCUGCUUUUCUCUAUACUUGUGUCCUAUUUGGUCUGGAUAAAAUGCAUCUACUGUCGGCACCGGCGAACGUUGGUGAAGUCGUUGAAACGAGCAAUAAACGUUUCAUCGAUCAACGAAACGAACAAUUCUGGAAUCAAAGCUUUGAUCGUAACUGCGCAUCCAGAUGAUGAAUGCAUGUUCUUCGCGCCGACGAUUAUACGACUCUCUGAGCUAAAUGUCAGCGUUCAUUUGCUGUGUUUAUCAGAAGGAAACUACUACAAUCAAGGGCCUGAUCGCCAAAAAGAGCUUCUCAACAGCUGUGCUGUGCUGGGGAUACCAACCUCCAGAGUCACCAUAGUAGACCAUAAAAAUCUUCCAGACGAUCCUAAAGCCGAGUGGAGCGUCUCUUUGGUCUCUGCUGUAAUCGUGAAGCACAUGAGAGCCCAUUCCUUCAACAUGGUGCUGACCUUCGAUGGAAGAGGAGUGAGUGGCCAUGCCAAUCACAUAGCCAUCCAUAAAGCUGUGAGUCACCUGGCUUAUACUGGACAAGUACCCAAUGACUGCUCUUUGCUCUCCCUGGUGACUGUUGGCCUCCUCAGGAAGUACUUCUCCUUCCUGGAGCUUCCCAUCAGUUGGCUGCUGCCCUCACAUCUCUGCUUCAUUACAGGUUCACAGGGCUACAGUCAAGCCAAAGCUGCUAUGCUUUGUCAUCGCACCCAACUUCUGUGGUUUCGUUAUCUCUACAUCGUCUUCUCACGCUACAUGUUCGUAAAUACCUUUGAACUGAUCUCACAAGGACCAAAGAAUCUGAAGAUCUAUUGAAAAUGUAGUCCGUCCUGAUGCAAAUGAUUACACGGGGGAGUUUUUCACUGGAUCUUUUCUUUUCCUCUAAGCACCUUGCAGAUGUAAAACUGACAGUCAUUUAAUUUUGUGUGUUUUAGUUGUACAACUGUUUUUAUUAGUGUUAGUCAUUACACUGGAUUAAACAGCACUGAGGGUUA